UAUAGGAUUCCGGCCGUGGCGCUUUAUUGUCAGUACGACGCACGUGGUGUGCGCUCGAACAGACGUUUCUCCGUCGCUGCCGCUUUCGCCGCCAAAGUAAAAUUCUCGUCGGCGUGAAAAGUGUAUUUCAAUUAUUGUUCGUUUUUAAAAUAAAAAUAUAUAUCAAUCGUUCCGGUUUCUUUACUGCAACUAGCAAUUUUAAUACGACAAAAUCUAUUUUUUCGCGUUGUAGGCCGAUCGCGUCGGCCGUUUCGUCGCUUGUCGUAAUAUUAUUAUUUGUACUGUUUCAGCAAUCAUUUAGUAUUAUACGCGUCGAUAUCGCCGGUUUGUUUCGUUCGUUUAUUUUGUCGGUAUUUUUCACUGUUUGGCUGGGUCGAGGAUAUCGAAGUAUAUAUUUAAAUAAACACGUGUCCAUCGAAUGAGGGCGCAGUGUCGCUGCUGGCAACAGGACCGUCCCGCGUCGGUGACGGGCGGCCGACGGCUGCGGCCGUCGUCGCGUUGACGUCCCCACGGUAUCCGGAUGUGGCCGAGCCGUCGCCCGUAUGCGGGUGAACCGAUGACCUGUCUGCGGUGUAUGAGCAGGAGGAGGAGCGGGAGGAGCGGCUGCGGCGACAGCAGCGGCACGCUUUCGGCCACGGUCCGCCAUCACCGGUUGCGGUCGAGCAUCACCUAGGCACAGCGGCCGACACGGCGACACCACCACCACAACCACACAGACACCACGAACACCACCGCUGCCGCGGCCAUACGCAUGAUUUCCGCCCUGGACGUGGUCGCGUUCGGCAACGACAGCUCGCCGCUGACGGUCGGCGGCAAUGACACGGCGGGCGGCGCCGCGCCCUCCAACGACACGGCCGCAAACGGCGUCAUCCAGUUCCUCGACGACGACCUGUCGUUCCCUGGUUACAUACGCACCACGUGCAUGGUGGUGUGUGUCAUCAUACUGGGCGUAGGCGUGGUCGGCAACAUGAUGGUGCCGAUCGUCAUACUCAAGUCCAAGGACAUGCGCAACUCGACCAACAUAUUUCUGAUGAACCUGAGCAUCGCCGACCUCAUGGUGCUGCUCAUAUGCACGCCCACCGUAUUCGUGGAGGUCAACUCCAGACCGGAAACGUGGGUGCUCGGCGAGGAGUUAUGUAAAGCAGUGCCUUUCGUCGAGCUCACGGUAGCCCAUGCUUCCGUACUGACCAUACUGGCCAUCAGCUUCGAGCGAUAUUACGCCAUUUGCGAGCCGCUGCGUGCCGGUUACGUAUGCACCAAGACCAGAGCAAUGAUCAUCUGUCUGCUGGCCUGGGGACUGGCCGCACUGUUCACUAGCCCGAUGCUCAGGCUACCCGACUACCACUGGGAAGAGUACGUGGACGGUACGCUGGUGCCGGUGUGCCGUACCGAGGCGUUCACCGUGUGGCCGGUGCUGUUCUUCGUCGGCACGAUAUCGGCGUUCUUCGUGGUGCCGCUGUUCGUGCUGUCCGUACUGUACGUGAUCAUCGCCCGGCACCUGAUGGCCAACCCGGGAACAGUGGCGCCGAACACCAACCGGGCGGCGCUCCGGUACCGCCGGCAGGUGGUGCUCAUGCUGGGUACCGUGGUCGUGUCCUUCUUCAUGUGCCUGUUACCGUUUCGGGCGCUCAUCCUGUGGAUCAUCCUGGCGCCGCCCGACUACAACAUCAUGGAGCUGCUCGGCGUCAAGAACUUCUACCUGCUGCUGUUCUUCAGCCGCAUCAUGCUGUACAUCAACUCGGCGCUCAACCCCAUCCUGUACAACCUCAUGUCGUCCAAGUUCCGGGACGGGUUCCGGCGGCUGUGCGGCCUGCGCCGCGGCCCGUGGGGCAACCGGCACCUGGGCCGCAAGGGCACGGUGACCACGACCUCGGCGCACGCGGGCGGCUCGGCCACCGGCGGCACCACCACCACCACCACCACCGCCACGUCGAGCGUAAAGAGCGACGGCGGCAGCAACGACCGGACGACUGCGGCGGCCACGGCCAACAUGUACGCCCGCAUGAAACGCAACGGCGUCACCGUCGUGUCGGCGAUCGACCGGAGCGGCCGGACGUCCGACGCAGGCGGCCGGCACAUCAUCAAGCGGUUGAACAACAUGACCGCGGCGGGCAUGCUGAAACUACAUCAGCCGUCACCGCACGAGAGUUACGUCUGAUGCGCACACAGCUAUAAUAGUAGCCGUCACCGUGAUGAACAGAUGAUCAACUGCUUAUUAAAUAUUUGUUGUGAUAAAUAUAUAAAUAUUGCGUGCGUGCGUGUGUGUGUAUGUGUGUGUGUGUGAGUGUGUAUGUGUGUUAUAUACUGUUGUUACGAUCGAAACAUUGGCGAAAAUCUAGUAAAAUUGUUUUAUAGGGGUAAACGGGACGUUAAAAAGUUCUUUAGUUUUUUCUUUUUUUCCUUUUUUAUGAUUAAUGGGCUUUUAAAAUCACAAGCAAAUUGAAAUUAUAUUAUUAGGUAUUUUUAAUAACUAAGACAUUUAUUUUUAAGUAAAAACAAUUGCUAUGUUAUAAUAGCCCGAACACUUCGAUAAGGUAUAGUCCAAUUGCAACCCUUUUAAUGCUAAGUGGUGAGAUUUCCUACCACAAAGUAUUCGUAGAAAAUUUAGAAUAUUUUUUCUGUUGAUAUAACAUUAUUUAAAUAUUCAAUCACACGUUUAUUAUUUUUCUAUAAACAAGAUUCGUAAAUCUAAAAUAUCAAAAUUAUUUUUCCAAUAACUUCUAAGGGUUCAAUACAAUUUUUAGAGCUCUAAACGAUCUUACCAACCCCUCCCAACCAUGAUUUUUGCCAAUCGAUCGAAAAUAUAGUUUUUGUGGUGUUUUAACGGUAUUCGGUAUAUGAAACGACUGUUCCUGGACCGAUCUAAUAUUUCUAUAUAGAAUUCACGUUUCAAGUCCAAUAUUUAUUAUCACAUACAAGAAAUUAAUAGUUUAAAGUUAAAAAUAAGAUAAUCUCAAUAUUAAUAAUAUUCUGUUGAAUCGUAAACUACUCGAUUUAAAGAUUUUAAACUACUUAACACUACAACCUUCAACUAUAAAUAAUAAACUAAAAUAAUUAUUAUAGAAUAAUUAUAAUUCUUAAUUAUCACAAUUAUUUUUGUGUUGGGUCCAUAUGAUCGAUGAGAUGGUACAAAAUUAGGUCUAUUGAUUUCCAUAGUUCGAAUGCACAGGCUUUACGUAUUUGCAUUUAUAUUUACAUUUAUUUGUGACGAUCAUGGAAUAUUACAAUCGACUUCCAUGUGAAAGACCCUCUCACAGAUAUUGUAUAGGUAGAAAUUUAUCUAGGAAUAAAUCUAUAUUUUAAAUCAUAAUAAUAUAUAGUAUAUUUCUGUACGCGAUAGACGAUUGACAUAAUAGUUAUACAUAUAAUAGGUAAACCAGUGAAUUACUGCAAAUCGUUGUUGUAUAUGAUAAACAAAAAUAUUACUUACUCUAAUAAGUCUAAUAAUAUUAAGCACAUUGAUCACGUGUAGACAUAUAUACCAAUACCGGCAAUACCCUAAUGGUAUAAUACCAUAACCGAGGUUAUCACGGUCACACAACAGAUGUGUUAACAUAAAUCUUACGAUACCUAUAUACAACUUGAAUAAUUUAUAUAUAUAUAUAGUAUAUACCUACCACAGUAAGCCCCACAAGACAUCACAUUGUUCGUUAUUGGUCCUCUCCCCCUUUCUUCCCCUCUGAACCUUUUCAAGUAUUGUCUCCUUCAAAUUCUACGCCACAUAUCACGCCCUUACAUAUCUCCUGUCGAUUUUUUUUUCGAUGAUUUUUACCCAUUUUUACCAAUUUUUAUCGAUUUGUAUUUAUAUACCUUUGUUACUAUGUAUAACAAUAACACAUGUGUAUUUAUAAUUUGUAAUAUAAUGUAAUACAUGACUACAUGAGCCUCUCCGGAAUUCGUCCACACAAAUUACGCAUACCUAUUACAACCUACAACAAUAAUAAUACUACUAUAAUAAGUAUAUAAUGUGAAUACCGAAUACAUAUAUGGGGGGUUGGAAUUCAAUCUCUCUUUCUCCGGUAAAGUUUUAUUUAAAAAAAAAAAAAUUGUUUUAUUUAGACGUUAUAUCCAAGUAGACCAUUAAGAUUUUUAUAAAUAUCGAUGUCAAAUACUACUAUAAUAACGUCAUAACAAUAAAUUUACAAUAUUUUAUUUAUUAAAGAUAAUAAUAUUUAAUGUUUUCCUUAUAAACCGCCCCCGUCCACCCAAUUUAUUUUCUGUAUAUUAUGCGUGCCUUAUAUAUGUCCCUACAUUAGUCUAUAUAUAAACAAAUACAACAAGAAAUAUGUCCGAAGUAUUAUGCGUUUAACACAAUAUAGAUACUUACCGGAUGUACAGUAAAUAUACGUUAAUAAUAUUGUCCUGUUAAUAAAAUACUGCCAUAAUAUAGAUAAUAAUAAUUUUCCGUUUCCGUUUCUGUGUAUCAAAAUUCACAAUACAUAAUAUUAUGAUACAUUUCCACUUAAUAUUUAUACAAUAAUAUACACAUAUUAUAAGUUGCAUUUCGUAUUCGUAUACAUUGAUUUAUUAAUUUUUAAUCAGAUUUUUUUUUCCUAUAAGGUUUAUUAUUAUUCAUCACAUUAUAUUAUAUUGAGUGCUCGUGAUUCAAAACGAUUAGUUUUGUAGGAACACGCAUUACGAUAUACUUAUAUGUACUCAAUUAGUUUUCGAACAUCAAAAUAUUUAUGUUUGAAAUUUAUAUUUUCUCGAGCGGUACCUAUCCACUUUAAUCAAUUAUUACAUAGGAGAUAUGUGAACAAGCAGUUAUUCAAUAAAUUUCGAAAUGUAUUAAUUUUUAUAUGGCCAACGGUCGUUUUGCGAAGUUUACACACAGAAACCAUAUGAAAGUAAUUUUUUUUACUUCGACAUUUUUAUUUGACGUAAAAAUAUAUAAUUUCUUGUAUAAUUUGUUUUCAAUUUUCUACAUGUUUUACUUCCAUGGUUGAUAAUAUUAUACUGUAAUACGAAUAUUUUUGUAUGAAUGAAUAAUACGCGAAAAGCGUGCACCGCGUAACCGUAAUGAAUAAGUUCUAAAACCAAAGAUAAUUAGUCUCACACUAGAAAAACUUAAUAAAUAAUUGUAUGGUGUAAAAUAUAAUACAUAUAUUUUUUAAAAGUCUGAAUUCUCGCCGAGUCUGUGUACAGUGGUAAUAUAUCAAUACAUCGCUGUACCUACGUUGUACGCAAGCCUUUAUUACGACGUUAAAUUAUAUUUAAACGGAUUAUUUUGUACAUUUAUAUCGGUAUUUAACAAAAAUAAAUAAAUUUCCAAAAUGGUUUACAUUUUUUAUAAUAUACUCGACCUGGGCGUAUCCAAGUCAAUUAAUCGGAUUAUCUACCUAAAUAUUUAUGCUCGUUUUAUACAUACGCGCACAUUUUAAAUAUGUACCUACGUUUAUAUCGUUAUCCCUUAAUCGUUGGACGAAAUACGCUAUGAUUAAACCACGCUAUCACUUAUAUUAUGCAGUGAUAUUUUAACAAAGUUUUUUUUUACAUAUAACUAUUAUAAAGACCUUUGAAUACCUGACUGUAGACGUUUUAUAUUGAAGAUAAAUAAGAAGGUAAAAGUGUUAGACGAUCGCACAUACAAUUUAAAAUACAUUUUUUUUCUUAAAACUUACAUCACGAAUUGUAUAAAAAUCUAUUAUUUGAAUAAUUUGACAAAUCAAUACGCUCUCCAAAAUAGGCUACGGAUAAUUUGUUAAUUUUUUUCAUUGUAGCCAUAGUUCCAAAAUUAACUAAUUCAAAGUCGAUUAUUAAGAUGCCAGAGACUCAUGAACAACGAUUAAAUCUCUUUUAAUAAAGUGAUUAAUUUCAUUAAAUAUUUUUUUUUUCAGUCGAGUUGAGUUUAUACUUUAUUUUAAAAUAAAUAUAUUGAUAUAUAUUAUAUAUCAUCAUAAUCACUAUUUAACGUUGUCAAAUUUGUAGGAUGUUCUGAUGCAUAUCUAAGGAGAUGAUAUACCGCGGCAAAAUUACCCUACCUAUUUCUAAGUCUAUAUAUAAACUGCAACAAAUAAAAAUUUAACAUUAUACAAAUAAACAAUUUGCGACAAAACCGAUAAGAUACCUUAUACAAAUCGCGGUAAAUUUUGUUAUAUACUUACUAUAUAUACUAUAGAUACAUACCGACAUAUAAUAUACACGUCUAUCGUUCAAUUAGGUAUACACUAUAAGUGUUUUAAUAUAACUAUAUUUUGAAUAGAAAGAUUCAUAUUUUCGUUGUUUAAGAGAACGUUAUAUCCGUAUGUGUUGUCUCUGUCUUACUAAUGUACAUCAUAGCGAAUUUGCGUUCAGCAGAACACGUUUUGUGAUGUUAGCUUUAAUAUUGGAAUAAAAUAUAUACCUACCAUCAAAUUUAAAGGUAAGUAUAUUAUCUAGACAAUGGUAUAUGCUUUUAUUGAUAUUAUCAUUCUAAAGUGAGUUAUGAACAUUUUAAAGUUGUAGUAUUGUACAUAGCUAUAACUCACUUUAAAAUCAUAAUAUCAAUUAAAGCAUACAACAUUGUCUAGAUAAUAUUCUUACCUUAAAAUGUUUAAAUAUAAUAAUAGGUAAAUUUACUCAAUUAUUAAAGUUACCAUCAUAAAAUGUGUUCUGCUGAAAGCAAAUUUUCUAUGAUGUAUGUUAGUAAAAUAGAGACAUGAUGUGUUUACAGCGGGUAUAACGUCCUCUUAAGACCAAUAUUAUAAUCCUACGUGUUUUACUUAUUUUUGAUUCAUAUUUACAUUUAAAUUUUAAAUUAGUUAAACAUUUUGAUUGUUUGCUAUUCUAGCUAAAUAUUGUUGUAAAUAUCAUAUUAAAUUAUAUAUUAUAUAUUAAACGACACAGCACUGCUUUAACUUCAUCUACUACUUACAUCUAAAAUAAGUAAAUACGUCUUAAGUAGUAUUAUUUAUAGUAAGAAAACCGAUAUUUAGUAUAUCGCGUUAAAACUUAAAAAUAAAUUUAUAUAAAUGUAUAUAUAUAACCUAACUACUAGAGUCUAUAGUGACUAGACCAUUAUAUAAUAAUGUAUAUGUUUUCGUAUCUGUAUGGUUUUUUCGCAGAUUGUAUGAUGUAAAUUUUUUUUUUUUUGCCGCAAUUGAAAUAUCGACUUUUAGAAAAAGGGUAAUUUUUCUGCAGUUUACGUAAAGUCCAUAUUUAUUGCAAUCUAUCAAUUUUAAAAUAUAAGUAUAUUUUAAAACACGUUAUCAUCAACAAUUUUCGUCCAACAUUACUUACAUAUAUAUAUAUAUAUAUAUAUAUAUAUAUAUAUAAUUAUAAUAUCAUGUCCUUUUAUUAUUAAAAACGGCUUUCUUCCAUAGCCCAAAAAACUAUAGAAAAAUUGAAGGAUUUUAAAAUAUUAUUUUUUUAGAAAAUUUUAAACAAACAAAUUCACAAAAACUCAGUUUUUUCAGUUUCUUGAGUAUUUUACGGAAUUUAGAUCACUAAGGAUAUUGAUAUAGAGAAUCUCAUAAUAACAAGCACGUGCUUAUAUAUGUGUGUGUGUGUGUGCUUGUGUGACCUCCGGUGCUUUUUAAAAAAAAUAUCUAGCUAAUACUAUACAAUAUUAAAAACACUAUAAAAUUAUUAUAUACGUGUUAAUCUCUAUAUAUAUUAGGUAUAUAUAAUAUGUAUAAUUUUAAUAUAUCAUCCUAAUAAUACGUAACAUAUAUUGUAGACUGUAGUACAUACCUAUAUACCAAAACCUAAGUACAUAUGUAAUAUUAUCAUUACGUUUUUUAUAGUUCCUUUACGUGUAUAUUUGUGUGUAUGUGUGUGUGUGUGUGUGUGUGUGUGUGUGUGUUAUGAUUAAUCAACAUAAUUUAUAUUUUAUAUUAUUAUACAUUAAUAUGUAUACCUAUUAUAUUUAUACCUAUACAUGCAAAUGUGCUCGGUGCGCGGGUAGGUAGUAGGUACCUAUAAUGGGAAUAAGUCAAUUUUGAUCGUUCGUCGAUUAUUUUGUAGAAAAUUAUGUUUUAGGUACUUACCAACCUAAAAUUGUAUCACAUUAGUUUUAUCAUUGAAUUGUAAUUAAUGUUUAUUGUAUUAUUUCUGGUCUUAAAUUACUCAUAACAGUACUAAAUCAAUUUUACUGUCAUAAUAAUCAAACAUAAAAUAAAAAGUCUCGUUGUUUUUUGGCUGAAAAAUAGCAAUUUUUGAUUUAUUCUCUUUAAUAGUGUUAAGUAUAUUUAUUUGUUCGUUUUUAAAGCAUAUUUUUAUUUUUUACCGCGAUAAUCACACCAUAAAUAAUAUAAUGUUACACUAUAGUAACGCUUGCCUCUCAACAAUUACAAAUUUAUACCGUGUAACAUUAGGAAGAAAAUAUAUAUUCUAACGGUAAAAUUGUAUUACCCAUGCUCAAAAAUAAAUAUAAUAUACCUAUACUGUGUAUUCACAUCAUUUUCAUGUAUUUUAUAUUAAAAUUGAGAUGUUUCUAAUUUUAUUUUCAUUGUUUAGUUUAUUAUAAAUUAUAAAUAGCAUGAUUUACUGCUUAUUGAUGUGGAUAAUAUUUUCAACUUUUCAAGUAUGCCUAAUGGCUAAUAAUUUAUUUGUAUUUAUAAUUUAAAAAAUGAUUUAAUCUAUAUAAAAGCGUUUAAAAUUUUUUUUAAAGUUUACACACAGGAAAUAUGUUAAGCAUGACAAACACAAUGAUAAUCAAAGACUAUUUAAUUUGUUUGUAAUUAUAAUGUUACACGGUGAAAUUAGGGUUUUUGAGGGAGCUAAUCCACAUUAAACACGGUGUGACUAAUGCCACAGUGAAAAAUUAAAACAAGCUGUCAACGAACAAAAUAUACAACGAUUAGGUACUACUCCUUUUUACCCGCACACCGACAAAUAACGUAUUAUAAAUAAGUAUGUAAAUUGUAUUAUGUAUACAGGAUGAUUUACCAAAAAUGCUCACCUCCAUUUUUCUUCAUUAAUGCAGUUAGACGGUACCUACCUACUCAAAAUCUAAUUUUUAAACAUAGUUAGGUUAGGUACUUAUAGAACAUAUUAUUUGUAUUUUCAUAUUCUUGAGAUUUUUUUUAUUAUUUAAGGAGUGUCCUGUGGAGAUUCAAACAUAUACCUAUUUUUCUAUUAUAUUUAAAUAAUUUAAUAGACAAUUUGUUUUGAAAAUUGUGACAUUUUAAAAUCGAAAUUUAAACUUGUAGUUUUUGAAAUAUUUAACUUUGUGCACUAAGGACAGUAACUAGUACGUCUAUAAUAGGUAAUAUGUGGGGAAGACAUAUAGGAAUAUUAUGGUGAGUUUAAAAUUAUAGUAAUUAAUAUUAGUACCUAGGUGUACCUAUUAAAAAUUAUAAUUUGAAAAUAUGGUCCAAAUAUAAUAACACUAGAUUCAAUCAUAUAAUAUUUAUUUUGUAAGACCAUUUUUCAAGGACUAUUAUCUUUCAUAUAAAAAUGUUUAUAACUAAAAAACUGAAGGUUCAAAUUUUUAAUUAGGUUUAUCAAUUGAUUUUAAAAAUAGAAAUCCAUUCGCCACAGUACACUCAUCCAUACCUACCUAAGUAGUACAUAAAAUCUUCAAAAUUUCAAGAUAUCGCUGUUAAGCGUAUUUAAAAAUGUCAGAAAUUUCAAUAAAUUCAUUAUUAAUUGAAAAAUGUGGGUACGAGCAUAUUUAACACUGUAUGACUUUUGUAUAUAAUAUUAAAUGGCAUAUGUGAUAACAACAAAACGUUUGCAAAAUAAUUUAUAUAAACAUUAUACACUAAAAUAUAAUAUAAUAUUUACCUAUUACCUACUAGGCAUAUAAAAAGUGACAACCGAAAUAACAUAUUAUUAUAUUAUAUUCCUUCAUUUAAGUUUUAUUUUAUGUACAUUUCAUAAUUUUUUUAUUUUUUAAUUAUAAGAAUACUCAUAAUGCUGCAUUACAUGUUUUUUAUUCGUUUAUUGUUUGUAAUUACCUACUAUUAUUAUUUUUUUAUUUUUUAAGUGUAUUUUUACUUUUUACCGAUUUAUACCUUUGAUUUAAUGUGCGUACAAAUUUUACCAAAGUCAAUAUAUUAGAGGUUAUCUAAUAUCUA